AUGAACAAUGGUGAAGAAAAUGAAGCAGAUUAUGCUGUAGAUGCAUUAUACAUUGCGAAAACCAAAAUGCAAUGGAUUCCUUUACCACGUCACAUUGGAGCUUCAGCGGAGAAUAUUACAUCAUUACCACCAGGUUUAACGCUUUGUGGUGUGAAAAUAAUCAUGGAUAAUACGAAUAAAUGUGCAGCAGCAACAGCAAAAGUUUCAACAGCAUCAGUUGGUAACUACAAAGACGACGAUACCAUCAUCAUCAAGAAACAUUUUAUCUUGUCUUCUCUUCCUUCCUGCGCAUCUUAUACAAUCUACUCCUCUUCAAUGCCUACGUCACCGCAUAACAAGAAAAUUACUCAACUUAACUACUCCAUGGGGAUGUGUGAGUCAACAAGAACAACAAAAACAUCAACAGCAGCAGCAGCAUCAGCAUCAACAUCAGCAUCAACACCAGCAACGUUAUCAACAUCAUCAUCAGCACAUGAACAAGAAAAACAAGAACACCAAACACCAAGAACAAGGACAGCAAAAACAGACAGUACAGAGGUGAUGUUACCACCACUUACAUCAAUGUCAUCAAAACAAAUACAAAUACUAACGAGUCGGCUAUGUAUAAUGGAAAAAGAUGUUGAAAGUAUACACGUAAAAACAUAUAGAGCAGACAAACCACUAUCAUCACUAUUACCACCACUACAACCAACACUAUCAGCAACAGCGGCAGCAGAAGCAGUAGCAGGAACAGCAACAACAGCUACAGUAAGAACACCAACUGCCUAUUUGCCAACGCUAGCAACUGCAGCAGCAGCAACAAUUUGUAGAAAACAAUGUUGGAGCAUUAAAAUGCCCCUAAGACAUUUAAUACUAACAAUAAUGGCAGUUGCUGUUUUUAGUAUGGAAUUAACGAUAUGUGCUAGCGCAAUAUUGCAACAACAAUUAAAUACAAUGACUUUGCCGAAUAAUACACACCUGCCCACAGCAACAACCAAUAAAUCUACAAAAAUCGACGACAAUUUACAAAACUUACCUGUCACAUCAACAACAAUCACACUAACAGCAGCAUCAUCUGCAACAUCAUUGUUAUUUCCAUCAUCAGUGUCACCGUCAUCAGCGGCUGCAACAUCAUCGUUUUUAACGCCAUCAUCGUCAUCAUCAUCACAAGCAUCGACAGAUACCAGACCACCUUUAAAAUCCAUGGAAUCUGCUGCUUUAGUAGAAAAAUCACCGCCAACAUCAUCAUUAACAACAACGACAUUGGAUGAUAGCUCUUCAAAUCUAUGGUCAUCCCUAACAGGGACAGUAACAUUAAUGCAUACAGAGUCACCAGCACAUUCAUCACUGCAAUGGGAAGAGGAUGACAAAGAUGGUUCUAGUGAAUUAUCACUUUCAACGUCCAUAUUAAACACAUACGAUGCCAGUGAUUUACCACCACUCAGUGAAGCUGAACAAGCAGCUAAAGAUUUGUUAACCAAAGGAUUUUCGAUACCCACAUAUUUGCCACCAUUUCCCGUGUUUGCUGUUGCUGAUUUGCCAGCAUAUUUAAAUACCAUAUCGACAACGACUACAGAAUCUCCAACAUCCAAUCUCCGGCCAUCAGAUGGUUAUGCUGCAAAUUCACAAGAAAAUCUUUUAUAUUUCGAUAAUUUACCAGACCAUCAACUCCAUGGACAGCAGAUAUCUAAACGAAACACAAGUAUGGCUUCGGCCAAUGUGACCGUGCAAGUGGGCAGUCAUGCUUAUUUGCCAUGUCAUAUACAUCGUUUACAAAAUAAACCCGUUUCCUGGGUACGCUUAAGAGACGGUCAUAUCAUAUCAGUAGAUCAAACGACUUUUAUAGCAGAUCAAAGAUUCCAAGCCAUAUUUCAAGAUGACAAGGAAUUCACCUGGUCAUUACAAAUCAAAUAUGUCCAGCAUACGGACGAAGGCUGGUAUGAAUGCCAGGCUAGUUCAGAGCCAAAAAUGAGUGCCAAAGUUUAUCUAAGGGUUAUAGUACCCAUAACCGAAUUAAUUGGUGAUCAGUCACGUUUUGUUAAGGCUGGCAGUAAGGUGGCACUUCAUUGUAUUGUACGUGGCACACUAGAUCCUCCGCAGUAUAUUAUUUGGUUUCGUGAUAAAUCCCAAAUCAGCGAGGACAACAAAAUGGGUUGGUAUACUCAGCUGGAUCGCAAUAUUUUUGGCAAUAGUGGAGAUAAUCAGAAUACGAUUGGCUCUUUGAUUAUACCGUUUGUACGCAAAAUGGAUUCUGGUAAUUACACAUGUCAGCCAUCAAAUAGUGCAUCUGUGUCAGUUGAUUUACAUGUUCUCAGCGGUGAAUAUUCUGCAUCUGCCAUCAUGUCUGCAGCACGAACGUACACACUUAAUGAUUACUAUCUGUUGCUGCUUUUAUUUUUAUUGAUGUUAUUACACAAGACGUGA